AUGCCACAAGAAUUUGUGUUAUUACAAUGUUUUUCUUGUAAAAUGUUUCAAGUGCAUAUUAAGAACAAACUGAAGAAAUUUCAAUGUAAAGUCUGUGGAGAAAAACAAUCAUACAAACACAUAUUUGGUAUAUCUAAUCAAGCAAAAGAUUUAAGAACGUUAUGUGGAGAGUACAACGAAAAAAGGAUAGUAGAAGAAGAAAAUGAUAUUCAAAAGAAGGUGGAACAAAGAGAACAAAUAAAUGAAGAAGAACAAAAUAAUGUUUGGUAUCUCCAAGAAGAGAAUGAACAAAAAAACCAACAAAAAUCAGAACACUCCAUGUGGAAAGAAUUUGAUAUUGAAGAAGAAGUUGAAGAAGGAGAUUUAUAUCAAAAAAUGAUUAAACCCUUUGAAAAGAAAGAUGAAAAAAAGAAAAGAAAAUAUAAAAAAUCGUUUAGUGAUAUAGAAAAACAACAGAAACAAAUAGAAAAACAUUUAACAACCACAACACAAUCAUUAAAGCCUCCCAACAAAAAUGAAAGAGAUGAUGACAUAAACGAUGUUGAUGAAUUGUUAGCAUUAUUUGAGGAUGACACUACAAAAAAAGUAAACAACGAAAAUGUUCAAGAAAAAAAAAACAUUCAAAAACCUUUGUUUUUAAAGAAAGAAGAAAACAAACAACCUAAGCCCUCAAUCAAAUUGAGUACGUUUUUACAAACAUUAAAACAAAACGAAAGCCAACCUCCAGAAGAUGAUGAAUUUCUUUUUGGAGGUAAUGACCAAGAACAAGAAGAAGAAGAAACUAUAAAAAAGAAAACAGUAUCAGAGUGGGACGAUUUCUAA